AUGUCCGUCACAGUCACAGAUGUCACGAACGCGCCGAGGGUCAUUCAGCUGACCAACGGCAAAACAUUCACAUUCCAGUCCAACGACGCUACUAGGAACGAGCAAAUCCCGACCAUUGAUGUUUCGCGGAUGUAUAGCGACGACAUUAGAGAUCGGAAGGCUGUCGCAGAAGAAGUCAGGGAGGCAGCACAUUCCAUCGGGUUCCUGACAUUGGUGAAUCAUCGCGUGGAUCUGACGCUUGCGGCCAAUGUAAAGCAGCAAGCGAAGGAGUUCUUCGCGUUGCCACUCGAGAGAAAGAUGGGAGUCUGCACAGAUCUGCUGCCCGACGAGUACUGUGGCUAUCAUCCCAUGGAGCGCAAUAAUCCCAAUGGAUUCAAGAAGCGAGACCUGUACGAGGCAUUCAACUGGAACUACAACGCGGCAAACGAUCCUGAUCACCCGGACUCAGCAAUCCCCGAGGUUAAUCUUUGGCCUUCCGAACUUCCCGCCUUCAAGUCAACCCUGCUUGCCUACCAGGCCGAGAUGAUCAGGUUCGCGCGGAAGCUCACUCAAAUAUUUGCCCUGGCUCUACGCCUGGACGAGCACGCCUUCGACAGCGCCGUGAUCCGACCCGAGGCUGGAGCACGUAUCCUUCGAUAUCCUGCUCAGAAUGCCAGCCGGAACGAGCAGCAAGGCAUUGGCGCGCAUACCGACGUUGAGCACUUCACGAUCAUUACGUCCGAGACCGAGGGACUCGAAGUUCUCAGCAAGACAGGACACUGGAUCAAGGUUAAGCCCGUGACGGGCUCUUUCGUACUCAACAUCGCGGACUGCUUCAUGCGGCAGACGAAUGAUUUCUUCGUGAGCACUGUGCAUCGUGUGAUCAACGAAACGGGGCGGGAGAGGUACAGUGUGCCGUUCUUCUGGGGUCUGGACCGAAGAACAGUCCUCGAGCCGAUUGAUGGAUGUGUGACAGAGGAGCGAAAGAAUAAGUACGAGGUGAUGACAGCGGGAGAGUACUACUUGUGGAGGACGAGGCGGCAGAAGGUGGCGUGGCGGGUGGGUGACGCGGUUACGGGUUAG